CAAAUUAAGAAAUUGCAAUAUAGUUAGCUUCAGCUAUCAAUACUACAUAGUACAAUUAAAUUUUAUGUUUUUGAUUUGAAUCAUUUAUUAUUUUCUUUUAAUAAUAAAUUUUAUUUAGAAAUGUCUAAUUCAGGAAUUCUCUUUGAUGAAUCACUUCUAGUUGAUUUUGAUUUUCAAGAAAAUGAUAUUAACUGUGUUGUUGAUGAAUGUGAUAGAUGUACUAAAAUUGGAUUUUUACCAGAAAUUGAAGCUACAUAUCUUGGACUUUUAAUUCAUGUAAUGGAUCUUACAUCUCUUAAUUCUAUUGAUAAUAAAAAAACUAUUGAAGCACUCGUUGACAAAGCUUUAACGUAUGGCAAAAAAAAUUUGAAAAAUGAUAUUGAAAAUAUGGGGUCUAAGCAUACAUGUCCAAUUUAUAAUUAUUUCUCCAAUAGCACAUUAAUACCCCCUACUGUUUGUGUAUCAUCUGUUCGUGUACCUGAUGCUGUAGAACGUAUUAAGCAGUUAGGAGUUCAUAUAGAUAUAGCUUCAGUUGCUGGAGGAUUUCCAAUGGGUCAGGUACCUUUAAGUUGCCGAAUAACUGAAGUAGAAUAUGCCAUUUCACAUGGUGCAGCUGAAAUUGAUAUUGUUAUUGAUCGGGGAAUGGUUCUUAAUGGUGAUUACAAGACUUUGUAUAAUGAUAUUCGAGCUAUUAAAAGUUUAUGUGCCAAUGAAAAUGUGACACUAAAAACAAUAUUGUCGGUGACUGAAUUAGGCUCCUAUCAGACUAUUUAUAAAUCAUCUAUGACAGCAAUGAUGGCUGGAUCAGAUUUUAUCAAAACUUCAACUGGGAAAGAGUCUACAAAUGCUACAUUAUCUCAUGGUGUAAUUAUGUGUCAAGCAAUAAAAAAAUAUCACGAAAAAACUGGUUUUAAGGUUGGUAUUAAACCAGCAGGUGGUAUCAAAUUUAAUGAACAAGCACUUAGUUGGCUUAUAUUAGUAAAAAAUGAAUUAGGAAAUGAUUGGAUGAAAGCGAGUCAUUUCCGUAUUGGUGCUUCUAGCUUAUUAGAAGAUGUCGUGAAACGAUUAUCUGUCGUAUUAAAGAAAUUUCAAUAAGUUGAUUAUAAUAUUUUAUUUAUCUUUGUAUUAUACACUAAAAUGUUAAAAUUAAAUUAUUAAUAACUAAAUAUUUUUAUUUUGUUAUUUUUAAUUAGUCUAAUUUUUAUAUUUUUAAAUAUUUAGCAAUACUUGCUU